CAGAUAUUCUCUACUAGAACCCACGAUACUCAUAGUGAAUUGAAGAUGAGUUCAAUGAUCAAAGUGGCGAACCGUCGACUUACUCAUCUUGGUCGCUCAAGCUGUGGUCGUCCCACCAUAAUUACAGCAUUUUCGAAUAAGAGAAAUUUUCAUGCAAUUUCGCCAUUAAGUCAAACUAAUUAUGAUAAACUCGAUAAAUUUGAUAAUUCAAAAAGUGAUAUUAGCUCAUUUGUCUUUAGUUUGAUCCAAAAACAUAAGUCAGAGCUAACAAGAUUGAAGCAUGUGCCAAAGAAUAAGGUUCCAAGCUUGGAUAAUCAAUCAAGGGAACUCACAAUUAAAAGAUACGAGAGUAUGCUUUUAAACUCUGAUAUUAAUCUUUUGGAGUUAGUCAAAGACCCACAUUUCUUUUUGUUAAUUUUCAAAAACGAUCCUAUUGCAAAUUCCGAACAUCAUAACCAGUUGAUUAAGAAAGCAUCCGAGUUAUACCUCUCUGGUGAUGCUCAAAACGUUGAUAAAGAUCUUAUAGAUAGAGACUGGGACUUCAAAGCAUAUACAACUCUGUUAGAAUACUGUCUGCAAAUGCUCAAGAACUACAAUGGCAUGUAUUCAGUUGAUCCAAGAGUGCAACAACUAUUAGAUAUUUAUAAGGAUGUUAACGAUCAUGAUGUUUUCACUUAUAAGGCAGUGGCAGAGGAAGUGGGAGUUCCAGAGAAAGCUGUUCGUGACUGGUUUGAUUCCUUUCAAACUCUUGAAGAGACUAUAUCCCAAAUUCAUGGUGCACCACUCUCUUCUAUCUCCACUUUAUUGAAGAAACAUAUCCCAGCAAUUCUGCAAGAACUGCUUAAAUUUGAAGGACCUGAUAAGAGCAGUCAACAUAAAAAUGAAGGCCCAAAACCUGAUGAACAAGCUAAGGAGUCUUCUAACAAUGGUAAUAACGAUAAGAAUAAAAAGAAUAACAACAAACAAACAAAAGAAAUAUUUAUUGACUUAAGCCGUCCUCCAUUUCAAUACUUUCAAUUAGGUAUUUUUAUAGGGCUUGCCCUUUAUUUGAGUUACUCCCUGAGUAAAGCUUCAAACCAUGAAAUAUCUUUACAAGAGUUUACAUCCAAAUUUUUGAGUAAGAAUCUUGUAAGUAAAUUGGUUGUUGUGAAUAACCAUACUGCUAUUGUUGAACUCAAUGAAAAUGGUAAAUCCCAAUUUGGUGAAAAUGGCUAUUAUUACUUCACUAUAGGUAGUAUUGAAGCCUUUGAACGUAGCUUGCAACAUGCUCAAGAUGAAUUCAAAAUUGAUGAUGCUUUGAGAUUACCUGUUGUUUAUGUUACUGAAGGCAGUAAUGCUAAAUUACUCGCAAACUUUAUUCCAACUGUUUUAUUCUUAGUUGCAAUUUACUAUAUGACUAAAAAGGCUGGUGCUGGUAUGAAUGGUCCUUUGAACUUUGGUAAAUCAACUGCUAAAAAAUUUAAUCAAGAAACAAAUGUCCAAAUUAGAUUUAAAGAUGUUGCGGGUAUGAGCGAGGCUAAAGAAGAAGUUAUGGAAUUCGUCAAAUUUUUACAAAACCCAGAAAAGUAUGAAAGAUUAGGUGCUAAGAUUCCCAGAGGUGCUAUUUUGUCAGGUCCACCAGGUACCGGUAAAACUUUAAUUGCCAAAGCCACGGCUGGGGAAGCAGGUGUUCCAUUUUAUUCUGUUUCUGGUUCAGAGUUCGUUGAAAUGUUCGUCGGUGUGGGUGCUUCUCGUGUACGUGAUCUUUUCAAGACUGCUCGUGAAAACGCUCCAUCAAUUGUUUUCGUUGAUGAAAUUGAUGCAAUUGGUAAACAGCGUUCAAAAGGUAAUUCUAGUGGUGCCAAUGAUGAACGUGAAACCACUUUAAAUCAAUUAUUAGUUGAAAUGGAUGGUUUUGAAAGCUCCGAUCAUGUUGUUGUUUUAGCCGGUACCAAUAGAGCUGAUAUUUUAGAUAGAGCAUUAAUGAGACCUGGUAGAUUUGAUAGACAUAUCGCUAUUGAAAAUCCAGAAUUACAAGGUAGAAAAGAAAUAUUCCAAGUUCACUUGAAAAAAGUCAAAUUAGUUGAAAAUAUCGAUGCAGACUUACCUGGAAGACUUGCUGCUUUGACUCCUGGGUUUUCCGGUGCUGACAUUGCAAAUGUUUGUAAUGAAGCCGCAUUAAUAGGUGCAAGAUUUAAUGCAGAAGCUGUCACUUUAAGACAUUUUGAACUCGCUAUUGAAAGAGUCAUUGGUGGUGUUGAAAAGAAACUGAAAGUUUUAAGUGCUGAAGAACAAAAAGUUGUUGCUUAUCAUGAAGCCGGUCACGCUAUUUGUGGUUGGUAUUUAAGAUUUGCCCAUCCUUUAUUAAAGGUUUCCAUCAUUCCAAGAGGCCAAGGUGCCUUGGGUUAUGCUCAAUACUUACCUCCUGAUCAAUACCUUAUGUCUGCUUUACAAUUAUACGAUAGAAUGAUUAUGACCUUAGGUGGACGUGUGUCAGAAGAAUUACAUUUCUCAUCAGUUACAAGUGGUGCACAUGAUGAUUUUAAGAAGGUCACUCAAAUAGCUCAAGCUAUGGUUUUAAGAUUUGGGAUGUCCAAGGAAGUGGGAAUGGUUAAUUACGCUGAUACUAGGUCUUCUGAUGACUUGACUAAACCAUUCAGUGAUCAAACUAAUAAGGUCAUUGAUGGUGAAAUUCAACGUAUAGUUAACGAAUGCUAUCAAAAGUGUAAAGAUCUUUUAACGGAAAGAGCACAUGAAGUCGAGUUGGUUGCACAAGAAUUAUUGAAAAAGGAAUUCAUCACUAGAGAGGAUAUGAUCAGAUUAUUAGGUAAAAGACCUUUCCCAGAAACUAAUGACGCGUUCGAUAAAUAUCUUGAUGGUAAGCCAGCUUUCAAGAACGAACAACCAGAAAAUGAAAAGAAAGAUACUGAAACUGAAUAAGUUUCAUUGUUUAUGACUCAAAUAUUCACAUGAAUAUUACCACAUUCAAAAACAUCAAACUAAAAUAUAUAUCCAUCGCUGGAUUUUGUACUUGUAUAUAGCUC